AUGCUAGGAGAAAGAAUAUCUGGAACGGUGAAGGUGAAGAAACAAGUAAUUCAAGUGCCUCUUGUAACCUUGCGAAUCGAUUACGAACCAACAUUCACAACAUCCGAAAGAUCAACUGAUCAAUGGACCUCUGCUCCAUCCUACGAUAUCCGCAAAUCUAGAUAA